UUAAGGGGAGAUCGCUUAACUGUUAAAGCAGUGGGGGAGGUGGGAUAAGGAUUUCUUCAAUAUGGAGAUUUUAGAAGAGGGGAGAGAGAACAGGACUCACUUAAGAUUUUUUAGACAAAUGUCCUAAAAUGGACACUGUAUGUACCAAGGCACCAGUGACAAGAAGAACUAAUAAUGUAGUGACCAAUGAAGUGUUUCAGUUGUGAAAGCUGUGGGGCGGGUGUGUGUUACACGCUGUAUGAGACUGAAUGCACUCAUACAUAGACCGACUAGUUCCCUUUCCCACAGGCACGUUCAUUUGAGUGACAAAAGCAGCAUAGUGUGAGCAAACAGCAGAGACUAGCAGAGACCAGCAGAGAUUAGGAACGCUGACAAGUUCCCUUGUCCCGCCCUCCUGUGCUCCCACCCCCUGUGCCUGGCUCACUGACACACGGCAACUCUCACACAUCCUCCUUCCUCGCCUCUAGCAGCGUGAUCAGCACGGACUGAGAGCAGCUUCAUCCUGUGAGCCUGUCACCGCCUCAGCAAGGUUUACUUGAAAGGUGCCUUCUGUGAAGUCAUUUUUGCCAGAAAGUACUAUAGUGGACCAUCUGCAUUUACAAGGCUCUCUGCUUGCCAAACACACCGGAUCCUGCUCUGAAGUGUGGCUGCAUCUACCAUGUCUUUACUUGCCAAUAACUCAACAUGAAAUGGAAUGAACAUCAGCGAAGAAAAAAGAUCCUAAUCGCACCAUCCCAAAACGCUGACACAGUUUUAGCCCAUCUUAAAUAAAGAGAAACUGUCUUGAUUCAAAGAAAACAUAUAUUAUAGAGACGGCGCAGUUAAUUUGGAGUAACUUCAUGGUACUCCUCAACAAAUACUACAGCCAUCCUGAUAUUUCCAACUGCUGAGUAUUAAGAGCAUGUUGUUUUUAAAGCCAGAAUUGUUUUAGCUGGGCAGCCUGAUUGAUGAGUAACGUUGUACUGAUUAAUAAGCUUUUUCUUAUGGUGCUUCAAGUGCCUUGGACUCCAUUCAGCAGUUUACCCCAACAUUUUAUUAUUUUUCUUUUAUUGCUAAAGGUUUUAAAAGGAUUACCUGGCAUUUGAACAGUUACUAAGAAGGCGCUCCAUUAUUUUCUGUUUUUUCCAAUCAUGGCUUUGAAUGUAGCUCCUGUAAGAGACACAAAAUGGCUUACAUUGGAGGUGUGCAGACAGUUUCAGAGGGGGACUUGUUCAAGGUCUGAUGAGGAAUGUAAAUUUGCACAUCCACCCAAAAGUUGUCAGGUUGAAAAUGGACGAGUCAUUGCCUGCUUUGAUUCCCUCAAGGGACGCUGUUCAAGGGAGAACUGCAAGUAUCUUCAUCCACCAACACACUUAAAAACCCAGCUAGAAAUUAAUGGCAGAAACAAUCUAAUUCAGCAGAAAACUGCAGCCGCCAUGCUAGCUCAGCAGAUGCAAUUUAUGUUUCCAGGCACACAGCUGCAGCAAAUGCCAACAUUUCCUGUAGGUCCAGCAUUAGGAACAAACACAGCUAUUAGUUUUUCCCCUUACCUUACACCGGUAACCUCUGGAGUUGGAUUAGUUCCUACCGAAAUAAUGCCAUCCACACCUAUGAUUGUUCCAGGAAGUCCACCAGUAUCAGUCCCUGGAUCUAAUGCUGCUCAGAAGCUUCUCAGGACUGAUAAACUGGAGGUAUGCAGGGAGUUUCAAAGAGGAAACUGUGCACGGGGAGAGACUGAUUGCCGCUUUGCUCACCCUGCAGACAGCACGAUGAUUGAUACAAAUGAUAACACAGUAACCGUUUGUAUGGAUUACAUUAAGGGUCGCUGCAUGAGGGAGAAAUGCAAAUAUUUUCACCCUCCUGCACAUUUGCAGGCCAAAAUCAAAGCUGCACAACAUCAAGCCAACCAGGCUGCCGUGGCAGCUCAAGCAGCUCAAGCAGCUGCAACAGUGAUGACGCAGUCGACUGCCAAAGCAAUGAAGCGACCUCUCGAAGCAACUGUAGAUCUGGCUUUUCCUCCUGGCGUUCUUCAUUCUUUACCAAAGAGACCAGCUCUUGAAAAAAGCAAUGGUGCCAGUGCAUUUUUUAAUCCUAGUGUCUUGCACUAUCAACAGGCUUUGUUUAAUGCACAGUUCCAACAACCUGCCACAUUUUUCCCUGCAGGGUCAGUUUUGUGCAUGACACCAACUACUAGUUUUGUACCCAUGAUGCACAGCGCUACGUCCGCCACUGUCUCUGCAGCAACAACUCCUGCAACAAGUGUUCCCUUCGCCGCAACAGCCACAGCCAAUCAGAUCAUUCUGAAAUAAUCAGCAAGGGGGAACUGGAGCUUCAUGAAGAUGUGCAGAAGCUAGCGAAGCAUUCAUAUUGUACAUACUAUCCUGUCUCCUCCUCUAUAGAGUUGCCACAAACUGCAUGCUAAAAGGAUAUUGUUCUCUUCAUGGACAAACUACAAACUCUUAUGAAGCUAGUGCUGCUAUAUUAUAAAUUGAUAAUAUAUAUGGUAUGCUUAAUAUAUUCCAACAUCAAAUAGUUAACUACCUGAUACCAGCUGUGAUGUUAUAAAAAAAAAAAAAAAAUGUUUAGUGGGUAAAGUUUACUUUUUAAUAUUUUGUAUACCUGGUUCCCACUCAACAAUAUUGUCUUAUCAUCUAUUAUAUAAUUAAAGGAGAUGUUAAUGGUAUAGAUCACAUUUAAAUUUUAGGAAGAAUUUAAAAAAAGAGAUAAAUAUAUAUAUAUAAAUAUAUGUAUACAAGAAUGUUUUUUUUUUUUCCAAAGGCUAGUAUACAGUGUUAGAUUGUGUAUAUUAACACUUUGGCGUUCACAUUAGCCAACAAUAUAUAUAUAGCUAUAUGUUCCCCUCUACAGAGAAGACCAAGAAGAUCAAGUACUCUCAAUUAUGGACAGAAAGCACAAAGUCAAAGAAUUUAAACUAGCAUCCGGCUCAGUUUAGCCAUAGAAACUAUGUUGGAAUAGAUGGGCAACAAAACAAGCAAAAAAGAAAAAAAGAGCAAAAGUGGAAACCUUUGCACAGUAUGACUGUCAUACACAAGGAAGUCUUGAAUACUUUUAUUUUUGUUCUCUAACCAAGACUUUGCAGAAGUGCCUAAAUUUUGCCACAGUACAUCAGUCGCAAAAAAAAAAAAGAAUGAAUGUGAUGCCAUUGUCCCUGUUCCCAGUGAUCUGACCUUUCUAACCUGCAGUCAAAUCUUGGUGACAUAGUUGGAUCUCAAGCAGGAAAAAAGGCAUCAGAGGAGGAGUUGUCUUAGAAAAUUGAAUGUACAAAAGAGUUUAUUAGUGUUGGUGACUCUAGUCUAUAUUAGUAGAUGCAGUGAGAGAGUUUUCCUUUGACCUCGUCUGGCGAUUGUGGGCCUGCAAGUGACUGCAGAGCAAUAUAAUGCAGGCCUUCCAAUCCCCCACCCCUCUGCUGCCAGAGCAAAAAUAAACAUUGAACAGUAUUGUUUCUGUUGCUCUGGCAGCCAAUGGGUCAGAAUGGGUCCAUAGCGAUAUAAUUUUAUAUAAGUGGUUCCAGAAAGUUGUAACAGGAUUACAGCACAACAGAGAAAAGAACAUCUUCGAAGCCUAUUUUAUCUCAAGAUUAGAGAAGUCGCUUAUAAGUAAUUGCAGGAAAAAAAAAAAAAUAACCUAUAAAUAAAACAGAUUUUGAUGUUUACUUUUCUAGUAAGCGAUUGAUUUACAAGGUAAAGUCUGUACAUUUAUAAUGUAAUUGAGUUCAAUGUUUGUUUCAAGCACUGUUGUACCAAAUAUUUCAUGUUUCUGUGUUGCACAUUUGUCACAUAUAAGUAUGUGCUUGCCGAAUUAUGGUUAUCAGAACAGAACAGCUGUUGUACAUGAAUAGUAUACUUAAGUGUUCGAAAUCUUUUUUUUUUUUUUUUCUAUUGUAAAACAAUAUUAGUGAUUGCAGUAUUUUAUGAGGAUUUUAAGAACUGAAUGUAAACUAUUUUUAACGCGGGCAGCCUGUUCUGAAAGAAGGCGCUGUAGUUCUAUAUUUGGUUAUCUGGAAAAGAUUCUGCCUUUAUUUGUGUUGAUUCUGUAAUAUAUGUACGUUGUUUGAUGACUUUUAUUCUAGUUGCAGAGCAAAUUACUGAAAAGAUCUAUGUCGAAAUCCCCACUGAUUGUACUUAGACACAUUACAUCUUAUCACAUCCAAUUUGCAUUUAUAUAUUUGAUCAGGCUGAGAGCUGCACUUAGCUAUAGCCUUAGGGUAAGGGCACACCUGGAGAUUCGGGGAGAUUUAGUCGUCCGGCGACUAAUCGCCUCUUCUUUGGGGCUACUAAUCUCCCCGAACUGCUUCUCCCUGUCUUCCGCCUGCUUCAAUGAAAAAAUGCCUAUGGCACUCACUGAAGUCGCCCGAAGCUUACUCGUGAAGAAACUUUGGAAAUCAAAGCAGCGCUAGUGCAUUGGCAAAAGCAGUUCGUGGAGAUUAGUCGCCCCAAAGAAGAGGCGAUUAGUCCGGGCGACUAAAUAUUCCCGAAUCUCCAGAUGUGCCCUUACCCUAGUGGUGACUAGCAACACAGCACCGCACAUACACCCAUUUUAUCUAGUUAUAGUUCUUCAGUUAUGGUUUUGUUUUGUUUUUUUAAGUUUGAUGUGAAAUUUGAUAGGCCUAAAUGGUCGGCCCAUCUUUAUUUUAUCAUUGCAAACCCACAUCGUUAAAAAUAAGAAAAAUUGUGAUCUUUGUGUUUUUGUAUUUUGUUUCUGUUUUUAUAAAGUCCUCUAAUUAAAAUAGUCUCUUAAAACAUUAGGCAGUUAAUGCUUCUCUUAAAAUGAAUACAAGAAGUGUAUUAAGCUUGUACUAUGUCUUUAAUAACAGGAAAUAAGCUGUAGUCUUAGAGAAUGAAUGCGUAAUGCAGGUAUUUUAUGUCAACUACUAAUUCUCAUCCGAUAUAUUUUACAUACAAAUAAUCUUCAAUUUGAAUUAGUUCUAUAACCUAUUAAAAUGUGGCAGUUAAUCUAAAAAUUAACUUUGGGGGGCAUAUCUGCCAACUGGAGAUGAGAAAAAAAAGUUUCUUCACACUAUUUGCCAAAACGCUUCUCGUGUGUUGGAAGACAGUAGUAAUAAGAAAGAGGCAACCAGUCUUCAUUUUAUAUUUGUUAUGGGUUUUAUCAUUAUUAAUAUUAUUACUAAUUGCACUUUCUACCAUGCAAAGCUCUAGUCUUGCUAGAACCUUGAACACCAGGUAUUUGCAGUGUCGGAUUGAAAGAGCGUUAAAGGGGAAAUUGAAUUUUAUGUAUGAGCUUUACUGUGGGAAAUGUGUAAGUACUGUAAACACAAUAUACACUUUCUAAAUAGUUUUAAAGAUAAUCAAUAUCAAUUUGUGCAGAUAACUAUCAGUGCAGAACAACCCAUAUCAAGCCAUACUUCCCCAGCUCUGCCUAUUAGUAUGCUCUGCAAGAAGCUUGGCUCUCAUGCAUGGGGAAAAAUAAUGACACUUGUAAGAGAUGCUGCUCUUGCUUUAUUCAACAUCUUGGACUCUGCACUACUUAGCUUCUGAAAUAAAGAAUUGUAUUGGCUCAACUUUUGAAAGCAGAUCUUUUGAGCUGUUCUGCGAGCGGAGGCUUGAAAUUGGACAAAUGUCUCUUUAGACAUUUAAUAAAUUGUAUUUACAGGAAAUAUUAUUUUUACAUGAUCAUCAUCAUUCUUAAAAGGAAAGUGAGUGGUUUUAAUAGAGAGAGACUAAAUGUAACAGUGUAAGCAUUAUAUGUAUAAGACAGAUAAAUUGAAAACCAUUAAUGGACCAACAGUAAAGCACAGCUUAGGUUAACACGGUCUACUUUAACUACAUUUAAUAUUUAAAGUUAAUUUUUGGUUGAACUUGCCAUCAUUUGGCUUUGCCCUGAGAUGCAGUUCAUUGAGACUCUGCAGAUUUUUGUAGACUAAACCUACAUUAGUCACAUAGCCGACCUCAAAGCCAAAUGGGCAUAAAUAACAUUGCAUACAUUAUUCCUUAACUAGAAUUAAAGUGGAGGAUAAAUGGCAAAGAUGUUUAUUUGUCUACAACUGAAAUAAGACAUGACCCAAAAUGAUUGAUCUGUCUGACAUUGAUGCGCAAUUAGUUCAGUAAAUGCACACGCAAGCAAAGGCGCCACCAUUUUCUCCAGGAGCUGCCGUGUCCCUCUUCAAGGUCUUCUCUUUGUACGGGAUGUAAAAUAUUGAAAAGUUUAAUAAAUUAUUUUGGUGCAGGA